GACAUCUCCGUCUAUGUCCGCGCUCGUCCGCUCCUUCCGCAUGAACUCGAACGCGGGCUGGCGGCCUCGGUGUUCGCCGAGGAUCGAACUGCGUCCGUCCAUGUCCCACAGACCACCGUCAGAGGAGAGUCGUCCGUUCAGGUCCAAGAGUUCAAGGCCGACAACGUCUACGGUCCCGAUUCUUGCAACGAUACCAUCUACGAGCAGGCCGUUCGGAAGCUGGUGGGCUUUGCGCUCAAGGGCGGACUGGCCACCGUCUUUGCCUAUGGACAAACAGGCUCCGGAAAGACAUUCACUCUCACGGCCUUUGAGGCCAGUGUCAGCAAGGAUCUCUUCGACCUCGAGCUCCUCCAACAGUGGAUCCCGGGGGCCUCGCACGACGAUUUUGAAAUCCACCUCUCGUUCUUUGAGAUCCUCGGCAAGAAUGCCGUUGACCUGCUUAGCGAGCGUGCACCCGUCAAGAUCCUCGAGGACCACUUCCGGGCUAUCCAGGUUCUUGGGGCGCGCGAGGUUCACGUCCGAUCCACCAACGAGCUCCAGCAACUGAUCCAGAGCGCCGUUCAGCUCCGGCGAACGGAGGAAACGAGCAAGAAUGCGACGUCGUCCCGGUCGCAUGCCAUUUGCCGCCUCCGCAUUGUCAACAAAUCGGUCUCAGAGGCCGAGGACGGCGUGUUGUAUCUGAUUGAUCUUGCCGGCUCCGAGUCCCAUGGCGACUCGAAAUACCACGACAAGGAGCGCAUGAAGGAGACCCGCGAGAUCAACACGAGUCUGUCGGUGCUGAAGGACUGCAUCCGCAACCGGGUUCUGGCCAUCUACUCGGACAAGUUCGUGCAUAUCCCCUACCGCAACUCCAAGAUCACGCACCUGCUCAAGGACACCUUUGAGAUAUCGUCAAUGCGAGCGACUCAGACAGUCGUGUUUGCCAAUGUCUCGCCGAGCUCCGACGAUGUGUCUCAGACCGUCAACACCCUGCGCUAUGUCGGUGCCUUGCGCAUCCCGGUUCCCAAGCUGCAGCCGGCCCCCAACCCCGCGGAUCCGUCGACGUGGUCGAACGCGACCCUCUCCCAGUGGGUCCGGGAGAAGUCGCCAAAGUCGCUGGUGCGGCCUGAGAUCCUGUGCCCAACCGAGUCAGGCCGACAGCUCCUGCGUGUCCCCGAGUCGGAAUUCAUCCAGAGAUGCAAGCAAUGCGAUCCCAAAAUUACCGAUCGCGCGGCGCAUCUGUUCUACAUCGAAUUGUGGAAGUUGAUGGUCGAUGCCCGAACC